AUGUUAAAUUCCACAACAUAGCUUGCAAAUCAAUUACCAGUUUUUAAAAGUCAAAACUACUCAGAAUUGAAGGAUUAUUAGGAAUUCUUAAAAUUAAUAUAGAAGUUUCACAUUUAAAAAUUCAUGUUAAAAAGUAAAGAAUAACUAUAUCACUAUUUAUCGAAUUAGUGUUAAAUCUAAAACUAUAAUUCUCAAUCAGAUUCAGACUCGAGUUAAGAAAAUUAAGGAUCAGGUCAAUAAACAGAAGAUAUGUCUAGAAAUAAAAUAAAAAAUAAAUCUGACAAAAUAUAAGCCAAAUAAUAAGAUAUUCUUGAAAAAUAAUAACCCUAAAUCCAAAUCGAGAAUGAAGAUAUUAUUUUAAAAAAUCAAUCUCUCGAUAAUAAAAAAAGUGAUUAACAAAAAAAAGAGCAUGUAGGAAAAAAGACUAAGGAAAACUCAAAAAAUAAUGAAAUUUUGGAGAAACUUAAAUCCAUUCCUUUAAUUUAAGACUUCGAUGAUGAGGACAUUAGAUAAAUGGUCAAUGAUUUUUAAUAGGAAGACAAGAAGUAAUCAAAGUAAAACAAGAAUUCAUAAACAUUUAAAGAUACUAGUGUGAGAGAUGAUUACUAAUAUAAAUGGCCAUAAUCCAGAAUAAGGAUAUUGUAAGCUUUGACAAUCCUUAUUGAAAAUAAAGUUGCAGUCCCCAAAAUUCUAUAAGACUUUAAAAUCCUAUAAAAAACUUACAUCUACUCUCUGUAUCUAAAGGAUUGUGAUGACUUGGCUAAUCAGUUAUGGCAAAAGGUAGGAGAGAAUGUAAAUGCAGAUGAUUAGAUCAAAUACUUUAGAACCAAUUACAAAACAGACUAAUUAGAAUUAAUUUUAGAGAUGGUCAAACUUGUUUAUGAGAAGAGAGACUAACAUCGAGAGCAAAUAAUAGCAACAUGUUCAGGAAUCAUAUUUUAAAAGAAGCUAAGAUAAUUAAAGGAUAAGUUAACAGCUAAAGCAAAGUGUGCAGAUAAGAAAUGCGAAUUAAUUAUUGCCUACUUAGAAAGAAUAAAUAAUUAUGUAUUGACUGGACCUAUAGUUAAUAAAUAUCAACAUGGUGGUUGUAGUGAAGCUCAACUGUUGCAUCAGAAAAUAAUUAAGAAAGCUGCUAAGACUCUACUAUACUCUGCUGUCUAGCUUGAUGUUCCAGUACCUGAAGUACUCUAAUACUUGUCUCUAAGAAAGAGCAGAUACAAUGUAUAAGAUAGGCCAGAAGAACAGGGGAUAUACAUACUACCAAGUGUGGAACUGGUUAAGUUGAUUGUAGAUAAGUAAGGAAUGGAAACUAUUGCUUAAUAGUUAAAGAUGAAUGAUUUUGACUAUUUAGAUUUUAAAGGCCUUGACUAAUUAAAUUUUGAGCAUUCAAAUAAGAAUAUUGAGGACAGGGAUGAAACAGUCUUAUAUUCAGUACUUCAAUUAGUAUUAGACAGAAUUGAUGAGUUGGAUUAAUUAAGCUUUGUUAUAAACGAUCGAAAAUUCAAGGCUUUACAAUAGAAACUUAAUGAAUUGUAUAAAGAUGAGAUCUUCGGAGAACCUAAUCAAUAAUAGGAUAUCCCUCAGUUUGUAGGAUGUGUUAUGAAUAAAGUAGAAUCCUACAUUAAAUCAUCAAAGUCAUAGGAGAGAGUUAAGACUAAAUUGUGUUGCAUUAAAACAAAAUUUUUUGAUUAAGAAAUAAUAGUAAAACAACAUUACGAAAAUUUAACUGCAGAGUAAAUAGAAUUUUGUAAGCAACUAUUCAUUUUGUUUUUAUCAGAUAUAUCCAAUAAAGAUAUAGCAUUUCCUGAGAUCUUGAGAUAUUUUAAAUUCGUAAGUGGUAAACUAUUCUUUGAUUUUAAUGAAAAAAUGAUAGGAAUUAUGUUGUUAUGUAAAGCUAUUAGGCAAUAUUUCAUAUCUUGUAUGGAAAUGGAUAAUGAAUUUGAUAAACAAAUCACUGAAGACAAUCAAAUAAUUAUUAACUCAGUUCCACUAUUAAAAUUAACAAUCAAGGAGGAAUUCCUGCCUGAAAUUUCUGAAAUAUUCAAAAAACAGAUUUUAAUUCUAUCCCAACAUAAAGAAGAUCUAUAUGUAGAUAUAAGAGAACUGUUUAAAUAUUAACCUAUUUGUGAGAUGAUUAAACAACAAGACUUAGAAGAUGAAUAUGAGGAUGCGAUUUUAGAUCUAAAAUGCUUAUAUAAGUUUAUUAAUGAAUAAAAUUCAGAUUAAGAUUGA